GGAUUUUUGUGCAAACAGGAUCUCGAUGUAUAAAGUUUCGCACUUCGCACGAAGACGCGGAGCCACUGUGUUAUACCAUACGGUUUUUGUAUACAAAUAUAGAUUCUGCAGUACUAAACUAAAAACCGCAGCACCGGACGUCGCUGCGAAGUGCUGCAGUGUGACAUCCGCCUUAUAAUACAGGCGGAUGUCACUUUUUGAAUUUCGAGCGCUCGGUUUCGUGUAAUCUCCCUCCCUCUACAUUUUAAUAAUAUUUAUAUCAUAGGUAGAACGUUGUGAUUAUAAGCUCUUUGAAUAUCUCCAUACCAGGCAUUUCAAUUCUAAUUAAAUUGAAAAUGAGUGGUCAAUACCACUAGAUGUCCAUUUUUUAGUGCUGGUAUUUCAUAAAUAGCUUCGCCGUUUUCCACAGAUAUUCGAGUAACGAUAUCGAGCGCUCGAAAUUUAAAAAUCGGCCCGCAGGCCUGAAACUGGCUCACGCAUGCUGUAUAUCAAAGUAAACGCGAUAACAGUGAUUUCUACGAUACUUAAGUAUUCAAUUAAAAACUAAACGCAUUAUUCUCUCUCGGACAACGCCGUCCUCGAAACGUCGGAGGUAAAUUUUAAAACUGAAUACGCGAUUAAGUCCAGUUUGUGUUAGUUAAUAAUGUGUAUAAAUCGUGAAAGUUUAAAUCAGUGUUUUGUAAACGCAUUAUGCCAAAAAAAUCUAUUUUACGCCAAAAAUACCUUUACAUCGUUCUGGAUAGCUUCGAAUUACUGGAUCGAUUUUUCAAACAUAGCUAAGAACAACCGCAAGGAAACUCGCUUUCACAUUAAUAAAACUCAUCGAAAUCAGUCCAUCCCUUUGAGAAUACUUUUAGAGCUACGAUGCCACAGACAGUCACACAGCAGACAUUGGCGUCAUACAUAUUACUACGGAAGGUGGAUAAAGGAAAUAAAUCUCCAUGUACCAAAAAGUGUCAUCAAAAAACCUUAAAUAGGUGGCGCUACAAUACCUAGAAUACUUGAACAAAAAAAUCAAAUCAUGGACAGCGCACUUCACUCCGUCGAUAGCGCCUAGGUUCUUAGCUACUCUAGCGCUACUCUGGAGAGAUUUGGAACUAUUAUUUAUAGCUGACAGCUGGACACUUUUGCAACAGUUCUACCAUAAGAGAUGUCUCUUCUCUUAAUUCCACACUCCAUACAUAUUACUUAUACACACCUCUUUUCCGUCAAAGUUACAAAAAGGCUACCUUUUACUACCUUCUUCUGUCUUUAUUGAAAGAACUUUAACUUGUUCAUGACUAUUUGUGUCAGUUGACGUUUACACUACUCGAUACUCAUAUUUGAUUAUUGUUUUAUAAGGGUAUUUGGUAUAUUUUGAUAAUGCUUAUUCAAGUUCUACUGGUUUGUUUAGACGCAUUUGUUCAAGCAAAUAUAAAGAACGAUAUUGGGGAUAUUCCCUAUGAAAAUCCUGCGACCCCGGCAGCUUCCCCCGGAAUGCCCGCAAUCCCGGACAGUGAUUAUGGCAAUAUUCCGUAUGAUAAAGUAACUACCACUACCAGCAAGAGCUAUGAUUAUGGCAACAUCCCAUAUGAAGAAGCAACUACCACUACGAGUACCACCAAGAGCUAUGAUUAUAGCAAUUUCCCAUACAAAGAAGGUAAUCCUAUACGAAAAAAAAACAGUUUAUUAUGCUCGAGACAACUACUAUAAUGAUUAUACCCUAUUUCAUUUACCAUUGCGCGAUUCCACUGGAAACUGCACAAAGAGAACCAUAACUUUGAUCUAUUGUUUUACAAUUGCUUCACGAGCUCUGCUAUUCAAAGCCAGGGUCUGGUCAAAUAAUAACACAAGAGAAUCAAGACUGGACAGUUACAUGUAAGACACGACGCCGCAAAAAAAGUUUGCCGGGUAUCUUUUGUUGGCACUACUUGUAUUGACCGUCUCAAGUGGAAUCCCGCCUUGAUAAACGAAAUGGGGUAGGUACAAAUAAAGUGUUAUUUUUGUCCCGGUGUUCGUCUUACCCCGUCUCACCUUAUAAUUAUUAAAAUUGAAUUGGUAAAUUGAUUUCUGUAGGUUUUUUUUUUUAGUUAUUGUCACAAACAAUUUUUAAGAAACAAAAAACCGAUUUUCAUUUGAGGAAGACCGGUGAAAGAACGAUUAUUGUUGAUUUUGGAUUUUAUACAAUGAAAUUAAAAAGACUGCGUCCAACGCUUAAUUAUGUAGAAAAGGAGGUAACAUGUUCUUUUUUUGUCACUGCACCCACCUUGACACAUUUCAGAUUUGCCCUAUGGUUGACUGGUAAGAUACCCGCAAUAAGGUAUUCCACUGUAUUAAGAUAAAUUAUUAAAUCACUUUUUUAAAAGUAAACGUAAUAAAUAUAAGAGCCUAGGUAGAUAGUACCAUUUUGUACCAUUUGGCGUUGAAACUCUUGGUCCAUGGGGUCCCAGCGCGCACAAGUUUUUUGGAGAAAUCACGAAACGUCUGGUUGACGUAACUGGUGACCGAAGAGCUGGUGGCUUCCUCGCACAACGUAUCAGUAUUGCAAUACAACGAGGAAAUGCCGCCAGCAUCCUUGGUACAAUGCCUCAAGGGCCUAUUUUAGAUAUAAGCUAGUUAUAGUAAUCAUCUGUAUAUAUCCAUCCCGUACGUAUUGGGUAUGGUGGGAUACCAGACACUUGAAGCUCGAAGAAAGGUAGCCUUUCUUUCUUCAUUUACUACGAGGUCAGACAUAUAAAAG